UGCUCAGGACCCUGCGGGAGCUUCUCCGGAUCAGAACUUUUUAGGCUGCUCGCUUCUACUCCCGCAGUCCCCCGGCCGCGUACCCGCAGGUGGGGGCUGAGGGGGGCGCCGCGGCGCAGAUCCCCUCCCGUCCCCACCCCCAGCUCGGCCGCCCGCCGCUUUGUUCCGGGCGCGCGGAGGGAAGGCGAGGCUGCGGCGGAUCAUGCCCAUGGUGUAGCCGCCAAGCGGAGGCAUGGCUGCCGGAAGGUUACUGCUCUAUACCGGGCUUUCGCUAGCGCUCUGCGCCCUCGGCAUGCUGGCUGUGGCCAUCUGCUCCGACCACUGGUACGAGACGGACGCCAGGAAGCACAGGGACAGGUGCAAGGCCUUCAACACCCGCCGGGUCGACCCCGGUUUCAUUUACAACAACAACAACAACUUGCCUCUGCGCGCGAGCCGUUCGCGCCUGGACCGCUGGGAGGGCAAACUCCUCCGGGCCCGGAAUCGCCGGCAGCUGUUCGCCAUGAGCCCCGCGGAUGAGUGCAGCCGGCAAUACAACUCCACCAACAUGGGCCUCUGGCGGAAGUGCCACCGGCAGGGCUUCGACCCGGAGAUCGCCGCCCUCAUACGGAAAGGAGAGAUUGAGAGAUGCACGUACAUCAAGUACCACUACUCCUCAGCGACCAUCCCCAGGAACCUCACAUUCAACAUCACGAAGACCAUUCGCCAGGAUGAGUGGCAUGCCCUGCAUCUGCGUAGAAUGACAGCUGGCUUCAUGGGCAUGGCGGUGGCCAUCAUCCUCUUUGGCUGGAUCAUCGGUGUCCUGGGCUGCUGCUGGGACCGAGGCCUUAUGCAGUAUGUGGCUGGGCUUCUCUUCCUCAUGGGAGGAACCUUCUGCAUCAUUUCACUGUGCACCUGUGUGGCUGGGAUCAACUUUGAGCUAUCACGUUACCCACGCUACCUAUAUGGACUCCCGGAUGACAUCAGCCACGGUUAUGGAUGGUCUAUGUUCUGUGCAUGGGGGGGCCUGGGCCUCACACUAAUCUCGGGAUUCUUCUGUACCUUGGCCCCCUCUGUCCAACCUGUCCCGAGGACCAACUGCCCUAAAUCCAGACCAGAGAAUGGGACAGUGUGCUAAAAAACAAAAAACAAAAAAACAAACCCAUACCUAUAUAUAUAUAUAUAAAUAUAUAUAUAAUAUACAUAUAUAAAAUGAAACUCAAUCAAGAUGAUGCCAGUGCCAAGGUAGAGUUGAGUUGGCUCAGGCACCUGCAUCUCACCAGACUUUGUGUUGCCUCAUGUCCAAGAUGGGAAAAGUGUCCCCAUCCUGUGGCUCUCUCAUCCGUUUUUGACUUUGGCUUCAUGAUUUCUUCAAGACAGAGUGAAGGCCACCACAGGCAUCUUGAUCCUUGUCACUCGUACGGAUGUGGUGGUGAGCUGGAAGGGACAGAGGGAGUGGUCUAAAGCGACACAGAUACAAAGAAGGAAGUGCCACACUCUGGGCCAACAGGAGAGGACACCACCACCACCCCAGCCAUCGUAUCAUGGGGGAAACUCAGUCCCUUGAGUUCAUAGAAUGUAACCACAUCUUUGAGGCCAUUUUCAGAUCCACUUCUCUGCUCUUCCUGUUCUGAGCUCCUUCCCAACCCACCAGCGACACAGCACAAGUGGAAGAGAAAACAGACUGAGAAGGAAGUUUUCUCUUUGCGGCCAAACCUUUGGACGAUGCUUUAGAGGUGGGAAGGGGAGAGAAGAUGCUGAGAGGCAAGAUCCACAUCAACUAAAGGACAUUUCAAUGGAUGCUCAGAAAACCCAGUCUUACCUUCCAGCUGCCUUACACCCAGUUAAACAAGAGGCCACCCUGUCCUCCCCUGCCUGCGCUCUCUGGGCAGAUUGGAGCCUUUGAGUAAUGCUGUGAUGUGUGCGUGUAUGUAUGUGUGUGGGUGGGUGGGUGGGUGUGCACACACAUGCAUGUGUGCACAUGCAUAUAGGUAUUGAGUGGUUACCUUUUUCUUUUCCACUCUGUGAAUGGAACUAUCAAAUUACUCUGUUGUCUCUCUUACUACUGUUGUUUCUGACCCAUUAUAGAGGCCCCAAGAACUGGGAAUUAUCUUGAGGGGCAGGCCUUCAGGGGUGCCAAUGCAGCAGCUGCAGAUCCCUGGAGAGAGACAAAAGUGUGUGUGUGUGUGAGUGUGUGUGUGCGUGUGUGUGCAUGUCCACGCACGUGUGCAUGCACACGUGGUAGAUAGUUCGUGAGUGUGGGAUUUUAUUGUUUGUGUUGCAUAUUUUUUCUAUUAUUUUUGGUACAGCUGAAAUUCCCAGAGGGCAAACCAAGAACAAAACUACUGGGCCAGAGAACCCUGUGGUACCUCACAGUAUGGUUCUGGAACUCCGCAAGAUUUAGUCCACUAAGUUUGGAAGUUCAAGACACAGCUGGGCACAAAAGUCCUAAGAGAAGAGGGGGAAACAUACAGUUCAGGAGAGAAAAGGAAUAUUGCCUCUGGUUGCUGAUGUGCGAGUACAUAUAACAAACAAGACCUUCACUCCCCACUGUGGGGGCUGUCCUUUGUCACUGGAUGUCUGCUCCUCUUCUAGGGGCAAGCCCUGUACAGAGGAGAGGAAAUGAGUCACAUGCAGAGAGAGCACCUCCAUGUCCCAUGGGUUCAAGUUUGUAUGAUAUUAUGUAAAUGAAUGGAGAACUCUUGACUCUUUCCGUUCUCGGCCCUCUCCUCUUGAUCUUCAAGGCCAUGAAUCCCAAAAUAGCGAUCUAUCUUAGAGGCUAGCACCCAAACUGAGGUGCCAUCCAAACCGGCAAGGCCAUCCAGGUAUCUCAGGCUUGCCUGAGCAAAUUUGCACUGGGUGCUGGCGAGUGAAGAAGUCAGCCAGAGCUGUGAAUGCCACAGGGCAGAAACAGCUCAUGGUUACCUUGGGGACCCUGCUGGUGCCAAGUGUCCCUGGGGAGGCAAGGAGAGAAUCCUGAGCUGGCACAACCAUGGUCAGCCAUGCAGAAGGGGAGCUCAGCUGCUGCAGAACAGAUCUGCUUUGGAAACUUUGCCAACCACUCGGCAGCCUUCCGCCCCUCCGUGCUCUGUCACAGCUCUCUGUUUCCAACCUCUUUUCCUCCCAGACUCCUCACCUACUAACAUCUUCCCUCCCCUCUCUCCAUCUACCAGGCUGUAGGUCCUGUUUUCCUCAUCUGCUCUUUUGAUCACCCCUCCUCUGUGUGUGUGUGUGUGUGUGUGUGUGUGUGUGUGUGUGUUGUCAUCGUGUAUCUAUAUACAGGUACAGGUGUGGAUGCAUUUCUCAAGACCCCCUCAGAAGGGCCCUGGUGAGAUUCUGCAGCAGAGGUAGCAUGUGAGCACCCAGAGCGUAGGAGAACCAGAUGAUCAGGGGCAAACUGGUAUCAGGAAAUGCUGCUGGCUUCCAAUUGAGUUUAUUUUUAAUUUAUCUAUUUACAUCAAAUGCUGCUCCCCCUCCUUGUCCCCCUCAUAGAGAUCUUCCCCCAUUGAGAUUUUUAAGGUCCAUUUUAAAGAUAAAGGGUAUAUUCUAUGAUAAGGGAAAUCACUUUAAAACAUACUCAAAUUUUUUUUUUAAUUGACAGGUUUUUUUCUUUGAAAAGCAAGAUUUUUCUCUUAAGGUGAAAGAUGUACCGAAGUUUGAGGGAAUAAAUGAAAGUCUCUCAGAUUGAGAGGUCUUUUGUUCUCCUUCUAGGUAUCUUGAGCUGAGCAGGGAUAAGCAGGAAGGUAUCCAUGAACACCCACUUGGGGUACUUUUCUGUGACUGAACGCUAAUUCCAGCUGCCUUCCAUUUGCAAAAAGACGGAGGAAGCUAAGCCAAAUGGGACAUUUUGUUAGUCACUAUUUAAACUCUUCUCGAAAAAACUUGCUUGACAUACUUGUUCACAGACCUCUCAUUUAUGCAUUAUUUAAAAAAAAAAUUCACACUCAUCUUAAACAGAUCAUCUGCUCUUUCCAAUUGCCCAACACCAUGAUAAACUUUCAGUAAAACUCACUGGCUUCCUUUGAAACACAAGCAGUCUUGAAACAUUGGAUGGACUCCCAGGAAGGAGACAGACUUUCUGGGCUCAACUCCUCAACUGAGCAUGAGCAGAGCAGGACCUUAGAGUAACUCUUUCCCUAUUACAACUGGACAGGGUCAGGUACAGAUGUGGAUUCUGAUCCUACUUAGCAACAGAACAAGCUCAGGUACCUAAUCAGGAGAGAAGUCUCCGCAUUGCUCACAGAUAGCAAUCUCCGUCCAGGGGGUCUGACUCCUCUACCACAGGGGAUUGAGCACUGGUUAAAACUAGCCCCUCUGGUGUAGUUUCUGGGACUUUCUGGCUGUGAGAUGGCUAGGGAAUGCAUAAAGGAGAAGGAGGUGUCUUGGGUUGUGACACUCUCUAGGUCAGACUCCACUAACUCCAAAUCAUAGACUCCAACCUUUUGACAGGAGCCUGGUUCCUACCCAGGUCAAGUUCCAAUAGCUGUGUGUAUACAAGGUGUGUGGUUGCACAAGCUGUGGGCUCUGUGCAAACCAACAGCGUGAGGCCACUCUCAACACUGAUUUCUUUUGCUCUCUCCUAGAUUGGAGAUUUGGGAAAGUUGGGAUCUAACUGGGGCAAAAUACAAUUUCCUGUUUACAUUGGGGGAAUUAUGGCUCCUCUUCUACCUUCCUUCUCUCUGUGACUUUCCUUAUGAUCCAUUCUUCGUGACAGAUAACUUUGUAGGGACUCAAGACACUUCAAGCACCUCUCCUUCUUUGCCAUGGCCUGAGGUCUCACAGGAGGUAUGUGGAUCAUGAACAUAAGAAAAAAAUAUCUGUUCUAGCUUUAGUCACCAGCCUUUCAGCAGCUCCCCUUUCUCACCUCUAGGGAUCAUGAAAGCAUAGUUAGAGCGUUUCCCCAGAGCCAGAUAAGUCUUCUUUGGCCUCAGGUCCUUCAGUGGUAGCCUGGGCCCGGACACUGUGCUGGUGUAUUCUCCCCCAGGGGGAUUUCUACCCAAGCAUGUCACCUUUCCUCAAUAGGAAAGGGUACCCCGAGACUUUGCAUCUCCUUACAUCCAUAUACAUGAUAAGAGGCCUACUUAGAAAGGACCAGCUAUGUAAUAUUCAGAAUAAUAAGGUCCAGCUCAUUGCUCAGAGCAUUUGAUGUCAACUGUCUUCGGCUGGGAACGUUUAUCCACUGAUUUUUCAAUCAUGUAGGGGAAGAAAAAGACUCAGACACCCUCUGUCUUUAUGUGGAAUACUGGUUGCUUCUCAUCGUUAGAGAGAAUCUUCUGGAAAGGUCUCUGCUGCUUCUGACCUGAUAUGCCCCAGUGAACACAUCCAUCCCUCUCCAGGGAAACAUGAUGAGUCAGAAGACCUGGUUUCAUAGAGAAUGACAGUAAGCCUUACUGCUAUCUUCUAGCCCAUACAGACUGAGGAAGGGGGCAGAUUUCUUUUUAAAGCAAGUCCCACGAGAAGAUGCAUCCAAAUGAUUCUGGUGCCUCUCAGGGUGCUUGACCUCUGGGCUUAUGUUUACCACCUCUCCCUCCAUGCUGCUAAGCCACAAAACAUUUCGUUGACAUUGGUCCUAGUCCUUGGACUAGGUUAUUACCAGCUAGUGAGCUUUCCUCCCUGAGGAAUACAUGCUCAUUAUAGAAAAACUAGGGGAAAAUCAUGCAAAAGACUGAAAGACUGGUCCCUUACCAUGGACCCAGUCAUAAGGGUCAGACCUCAGAAACUCUUCAAUGAGUGCUUGUCACUGGGUAAAUAGAUGGGGCCAGAAGGACAUACAAACCAGAAAGGCAGCAAGGAGACAUUUGAAAGCUCACACCAGAGCUAUAUAGAUCCCUCUCCUUCUCUCUCCCGCUCUCUCUCUCUCUCUCUCUCUCUCCCCUACUUCUUUUUUUUUCAGGUGCCAUCUCAAUCUAAUCAUGGGUAUAAAUUCACUGAGGCCAGAGAAACUCACUAAUUAAGCUACACUUGUAAAAUGUAGCAAUGGCUGAACAUUUCACUUCACUCUGUACUAAAACGAUUUGUGACUCUGGGCACUGUGUCUUCUCCAUACUUGAACUUCCUCAUCUACAAAAUGAGGACAGCGAUAACGCUUUACCUCAUGGUAUAUUAAGGGUGACAAAGAAAUUGCAAAGCAAUUUGCAAACAUGAAGUGUCUAUGAAUCAGGCGCUGUUCAAAUUACCCAUUAUCGGCAGCGUAGCCACGACAAUGGAAUGGUUCCAUCAAGGCUCUGCCAAGAGGCUAAUGUAGAGUGGGAGAGGCCAUCUUGGUUGCUGAACUUGAGUGUAGCUAUCCAACAGAAGCACAUGGGAUUCACUUCUUUCAAGCCCUCCAGAGAAAUGGCCUCCUUCAUAGUCUUUCCCCAUUGCCAGACUCACUUUCUUUAUUCCAAGGCCAGUCUUGCAAAGUUCACGCUCAUUCCUGCGUUUUACCAGAAGUAACGAUAUGGAGAUAUCAUGUGGAGGACAAGAGUGUAGAUAACUCAUAUAGUUCACUUUGAAAGCAGGCAUGGAGUUAAGGCUGUUUGUUUUAACAGUUCUGUUAUCAUUCCUAGCUGUACACGCUCAUGUUGGGGAGCAAAGUCAGAUUCUUGAAGCUUCUAGAGCUCUCUCACAUUUAGAGUGAAGAUAAGUAUGGUAAAAGGAAGGGCCCACUUCCUCUUGUCAGCUAUAAAACUGGUGACUCCAUCAAUAGCCCCUCAGUUCUGGUAGGAGGUCGUGAGUGUCGUAUCAAGUUGGGACACACCCCUGUAUGAUCUUGCUUGGAUCCUAAAUUUGAAAGGAGAAAAUGAUUGAUUUCCCCAAAGGAAUUUCCAUGCCUUUCUUCUUUCCUGUGUGCACUGAGAUGUUCUACCAGAGAGCGAGUCCUUGCUCUCUCUAUGACUAGAGUGUAGUCGAUAAUAAGGGUAAUGGCACACCCACAAGGGUGGGUCGUUCACAGCCAACAAACAGAAAACUGGGCCCCAACCUAUGAGUUGCCCAGUUACACAGCUCAACCUGGCAUCUCCCUGACAAAUGCCAGGAUAUUAUUCCUACCUAAGGCCUGUUAUGACUCCCUAGGGAAACAACCCAGUGUCCUCCACUGCUCUCCCUUGGACCCCAAACUUUUCCUUUCUUCUCUGGGUGGUCCAUAGGCCCAUUUCCAUUUGUAUGUGCCAGUAUGUCUGUGUCGUGAGUGUGAUGGUGCCUUUCACACAGAGAUUUCACAGAACCACUCUCAUGCCCCUACCCGGCCUGCCCCCCAUCCCCACCCCCACUGCCCAUGGUGUGACUGUUUUGCUAUUCAAGACUAUCUGUAAAAAAAAUGUACAAAUAAAAGUAAAAGCUGAAAAUUAAGGGGAGGGGAAUUGCAUCUUCUUAAAUGCUGUAGUGUAGCCCUCGGUUUUCUGAGGGCCUGUGAGGACUGCCCUAGAAUCCUGACUGGGGGCACUUGAAGGGAGGGAACGCCUGUCACAGAUUUUUCUGGUUGUUUUCCUGAUGGUCGCUUCUGCUUGCUUGGUAUUCUCUGUUCUGAAGACAUUUGCCUUUAAAGUUAAGUAGGUCUCCCCCCACCCCAAAUAAAAGCAUAUCAUCCAAGUUAGAAUAGUGAAGGUCAAGGCCGGUGUCAACUCCAAGACAUGACCUGGGGUGAUAUUAGUGACUUUGUUAAUAGCUCACCUGGAAGCUUGGGUGAAUCUUGUGACCUCACUGUGUAUCCAUGUCCUCUCAGCCUCAUAGGAAGCAGGGUGACAUUGAGGACACAUGUAACACCCAGUCUCCCUGUCCGUUCUGCUGCUAUUUGUGCCCAUGCUGGCUGCCGUAUGCUGACUGAGCUGAGGCAGUUCAGGAGAAGCUCUCUCCCUGCUGCUCUGGCCCUAAGCUGACUCUCCUCAGAAAGUAGCCUCAAGCCAGCAGCCAGUUUGAGUGCAGAGUCCAAAGCCUUUGAUCUACCUUUUCAGUCUCAGAUGCCUUUUCCCACCCACUUUGAUGAUCUCAUCUUGCUCUCUGCUGACAGAGCUUUGCCUCACAGGACUGGGGUAAGAGAAAGACCAUCAAAGGUGAUGAUGUGAGUGAAUCGCUUUACCAACUGUGGCUGGCUCAACGAAUGUGGCUUGCUGCGUAAAGAAGCUCAGGCUGCCCAGGGGACUCUAUAAAAUGGGGAGGGGAAAAAAGAAGGUGGUUCUGGGGAUGGGAUGGAGGCUCUGGGUAGAAGAUGUGGUUAGAUAAACGUAGAGGUUAAUGAAGAAAUGUUUGUGCUUCCAAAAGCCCCUCAGAAACAUCCCCAAGGCAGUAACCCUGGCAGGAUCCAGGACAUGGAUAAUCCUGGAGUACAAGAGGCUGCUAGGGAGGAGUGGUUGCCCAAGAGAGAUACACAAAUUUGGCCUGUGCUAGCACCCUUACACUCAUGGUUACAGGCCCUUCAGUCUAACACUUCCUCAUUCCUAAUGGAGUACUUGGUGACCCUCCUUGAGAAUUGUAUAAGGAAGGACUUAGACCACCGCUGUCCAAUAAAAUUUGAUACAAGUUGUGUAUGAAAUUUGAAUUAUUCUACUACCUGGGUUUAAAAGCACCAACAAAACAGGUGAUAUUAAUUUCAAUGCUAUAUUUGAACCCAGUAGAUCAAAAGAUAUUAGCACUUCAACGUGGAUCCAGUGUAAAAGUCACUGGCAUGUUUUAUGUUCUGUCUAUUUCAAGUAAAAUCUUCUAAAUCCAAGGUGACUUUUACCCUGAGAAAUCCUCUCCAACUGGAUCAGCCACACCUUGAGUACUCAAAAGCUGCACCAGGCUUUUGUGACCAUCUAGGAGAACAGACUUAGGUCUUUUCAGAGCCUGAGCAGGGUGCCCAUUGCCUGUGAGUCACACACUGUGGUGGAUUUCCUUGUGGGAACAAAGACAAAGGCUGGAUUUGCUGAAUAGAAGCCGAGCUAUGACCAUGAUGCUGGCUCACUUUUAGAAGCUCUACGUUACCUGUGUAGUAAGGGGAGAGAGUCACUGCUGUGAACCAACCACAUGUUAUACCUGCCUCAAGAGCUAUCAGUGCUCUCCUUGGACAUGGCCCUGAUGAUCUAAGUCCUAGGAAGAAAGCAGGCCAUGGCCUUUGGCUGCAGGAGAGUCAGCCACGGCCCACCCUAUCCAUGUAGAUGUCUUAUAUCUCAUGAUAAGGGAUAGACCUCCCUGUUGUUAAGAAUAAACAUCUCUCCCAUCCUUUAAUAUCUGGUGGUCUCCUGCUAAAAGCAUCUCACUGAUAUUUGGAGCUGUUUAAUUCAUCCUCUAAUUGCUUUAAUUUUUUUUUUUUAAAUCUUGAGUAUUGAAAAGGGGAUAUGGGAAAAGAAUAGCAGGCAGACCGGGUCUCCUAUGAGGUAGCAGAGACAAGCCCUAUCCUUAGACUAGGACUAAGACCACCAUUUCCUACCUCUCCUUUCUGCUUAGAGAUCUUCCUUAGAUCUAAAUAAGCCUCUUCUCUGUGUGUGAGAAAGACAGGUAGUGAGAUCUUAGGGCAUAGAACAGAAUAAAUAUAAGCUACCAGCCCCUGGGCACUCUCCAAUCAUGUCAAAGAUCCAGUAUGAUAAGGCUCGAUUCACCUAAAAUAUAAAAUUCUGAGCCCUAUGCUGUCAAACAGGAGAAAGGGAGCUGGUGAGUACAUUGUGUAUGUGGUCAUUAGACAGGGACCAGGGCCUGCAAAACGCUCAAACACCUGGAGUGUUGAGGGUCUGCCAGAUUAUCGCUCAGUCAAUAUAAAUUUAUUUACCUUCACUCUAAUUUGCAUAGUGCUUUCUGAUUGAUUAGAUACAGUGUGGCGUAUACCGCAGGAUUCUAACAAGACUCUCUCCUCUUGGAGGUAGCAAUUCCUGUGGUUAUUGGUGCUAAAAUAAGAUUAAAUAUUAUGUUAAUUUGUUCUAAUACAAUUUGAAUAAAUGUAUUGUUUAAUCUUAACAAGAAUGCUACAUCUUAUCAGAUCUAUUGUACUGUCUGUUUCUUCUCAUAAUUAAUUAAUUACAGGAAAGGUGAUCCAAACCAGAUCUCGAAACUCUUGUGAUACUCUGAGAGGAACUUACCAGGGAAGUGGGAGGGGGAAUGAAAAGGGAAAUUGCCAGGUUCCUGUGACUUUGAAAGGACUGAGGAAGCAGAGAGCGAGCGUUUGGGGACUUCACUGAAACUGACUGCAUCUUGCAAUUUUCUUUUUCGAAUUGGCAGAAAUAUUGUUAUUUCCAUCGAUUGAAGAAAAAAAGUGUCUGGUAAUUAAUUAAAUGACUUGUUCAUGGAAAACAAUAAAAAUAAAUAAUCUGUCAGUUGUGGAAUGUAAACUGAUUAAACAAUUAAAUAAAGAAGACCAUGUUGUGUGUUUUAAAAGCC